UCCAAGUCGCUGUUCCUUCCGCUUUUAAUAGAUGUCACCACAUGAUUUGUCCAUAGGACAAAGAACGCAAGAUUGUGCGACAAGAACAGAUGAUAUUGCCACUUACCAUUACAUUAAUUUGUUUAACAAAAUCUAUUUAUUUAAUGGAAUUUAAGAACACACGUGUGCGUGUGUAUUAACAAAUUCAACUUAAUGCUGACAUGAAUAACGUAUCAUUCAUACUUAUUUUGACAAUAUAAUUAUCCUACAUGUAUUUGUUUAGAACUAGUGUAAAUAAUAAAAUCGCAAUUUAUGCAAUAUUUAAGGUUUUUAUAAUUUAUAGCAUUUGUUAUAAUGUAAAUGAUGUUCUAGAUUUUAAAUAUAAUUACAUAGCAAGUAAUAUAUUGAAUCAUAUAAUGAAUAAUCAUUAGAACUAGCUACAACUAAUUUUAUCGACAUGGUGAAUUAAAAGUAAUCUUAUUUGAUGUUAAAAUCUCCUUCACUUGUCUAAAUUAUUGCAAAAUGGUUUUGAAUAUGAUCGGGCGGCAGCGGGCGGAGAAGCGUGGAGGUGCGUGGAAACGGGCGCAAAAAUUUUAGUUCUAAACAAGAAGCAUCUUUGACGUAUGACGCAAGAUUGCAUAUUAUAUCAGGUUAAUAGUCAAUGUAUAAUGUAUUUAGUCAAAUAGUUAAUAUAUGUAUUUAGUCAAUGGCCAUAUCACAGACGAGUAUAUGGAACAGACUUUGCAUCCUUAUAUAUUAUUUUCAUUUUAGUAUCAUAAGUAGUUUAACAAUCUCCUGAUAGAGAGCACAGCUGUGUUUAAAUAUAGAUUUGCAGGUCUAGUGUAUAUUUACUUCAUUUUGUAAUUUGUAAUGGAAUACGAUGUAUGCAUACAUACUUUUAGUUGCUAUGUGAAUGUUUAUUAAAAUGUUGUAAAUUACACGAUAUAUAUAUAUAUAUAUGCCAUUAUAUAUUAUCGAUUCCAAUAAAUGCUAAUUCUCAUUUAUCAUUUUUAUUUUGUUUCUUAAAAAAUGGUUGAUUUGGAGGUGUAUAGAAAACAGUUGAAAAAGAUCCGUCAAUUUGCACGCGAAAAUGAUAUUACGGAAAAUGAAAUCAAUAAAGCUUUACAAAAUUCCUUUCGUACUCUUGAGAAGAAAAAGAAGAAAGUUAAUUUUCGUUUCUUUGUGAAAAGUAUGGUUACAUUACUAUUUAUAAUAAUUAUAUGUUUUAUAUCCUUUGAUAAAAAGUUCUUAGGUGUGAUGCUACUGAGGAAUUUACAGAAUUCCAUCUAUCCAGGCUUAAAAUUACUUAGAAAAAUAGCUGUACCAAUAAUUCAACAUUAUCCCUCUUUAUCUGAAUUAUAUGAUGAAUGGUGCAUAUUAGAAAAUCCAUAUUUUUAUGUAAAUGAUAUGGAUUGUUGGCCCUGUAGCAUUGUACAUUUUGUACCUGAUUUAAGUAGCCAUCACAUAUCUAGAUCUUUUAAUCUUGGCAUUCCUUAUACAAAAACAGAAAAUUUAUCUCAAGUUCAUAUGGAAGAUAUACAACAAUUAUUGUGGCAAAAUUCAGGAGUAUUUAAGAAAGAUGCUAUGAGAGUAUUUUCUAACAAUAAAACUUACAGAGAUAUUCAAGAUAUUAUGGAAAAAAAUAUGGAUUUAAAUCGUUCCAAAAAUUUAAAUAAUCAUAUUACAUGGAGAAUUAAUAGCAUGACAACAGGAAGAAUUUUGAGAAAGCUAUUUCCAAAACCUGUUGAUACACCAAAUUGGUGGGAACAAAGCACAGAAAGAUUUAUUUUUUUCGAUGAACCAAACUCGCCACCUUACUCUUUACCAAAUCCUGAAUGUAGUAAUAUAAUGAUAAGGUGUACAGCUGGUACAAGAUUGAUAAAAAUGAUAGCAAGUCCAGAAUGUAGUGCAUCUUGCGAGUCCGUCAUAGUAUUAUUAUCCGCUGGAAAAGCUUUUUUUGUUUAAAUAAAACAGGUACUAAUGAUAAUACAGCAAAUAUACAUAAUAUUAUAAUGCUAUUCCACGACCAUGCAUCAGAAGAUGAAGUUAAAUUUUGUAAUGUCUGACCCGCUUGAAUAGCAACAAAAGAUGGUGGAGCAACUCCAAAAAAUGUGCCUAAAGCAAAUGGUACAA